AUGUCCAUUCUGCGCAUCGUUUCUGCUCCUAACAAUGUGUUGCCAUGCGAGGCCAAUCCUUGCCAAAACAACGGCGUGUGUACAAAUGUGAACGGAGGGGGAUUCAAGUGUACUUGUAAGGAUGGUUUUGGUGGUUUGAUCUGUGAUAAGAAAGAUGCGCUGCACGCUUCAUUGAUACUGGACAAUCAUCCUAACUGGGUCACACUCUUGAAACAAUGGCUUCCAGCUAAACAUGGCCUUCAGCUGUGUUAUCGUGCAUCGAAACAUGGUUUUGCAUCCUCCACCUUCCACUCCCUCUGCGACCACCGUGGUCCCACCGUAACCCUCGUGAGAACUGGAUUCUACGUCUUUGGAGGAUUCACCGAUCAAUCAUGGGGAGGAUCGGCUCGUUACAUACGCUCUACCAACUCCUUCCUUUUCUCAUUCCGUAACAAAUACAACAUUAAGCCAUUCAAAUUGCCGGUCUACCGAAACCACAACAACGCCAUCUACACGAACAACGGCUAUGGUCCCACCUUCGGCGGUGGACACGACCUUCACAUCAGGACUAACGCAAACGCGAACGCAGGCUCCUACACCAACCUUGGUCACACCUACAAACCACCCUCUGGUUACAAUUACGGAGCAAGUAAUACCAGAGCCCUCUUGGCCGGGCAUUACAACAAUUUCCGUGUUAACGAGAUUGAAGUGUAUUACUACCAUCAGUAACUUUGGAAAAAUAAUGUUGUUCGUAUUUCCUAAUUUGAUUUUAAUGUGAUUUGAACUUUUGAUGUAUUACUGGCUAAAAUUUUUAGAAAUAAAGC